GGACGGGGCAGCCUGCAGGGGCAGCCGCUCCUGCUCUGUAGCUCGGUGGCCAGGGGUGGAAAGAAGCCGCAAGCCGCAGCCGCAGCCCCAAGUCAGCCCCCGCUGCCCCGUCCCACCGUCUCAUCUCUCCCCCCUCGGCAGUUUUACUGGGACCCAGCAACUCUAAAAUGCAGCUUUCUAUGCAAGAAAGACCUAUGUGAUAAUUAAGAGACUCCUUCCUUAAGAGCAUUUGGUCAAUAGUGAUAUAUUCCUGCCCUGAAGAAGGUACUCUGUGAAGAAUCAAAGCAACCUUAGAAGAUGAUGGUUUCUGCAGUGCUGGGAGUGUGGACUAUUCGAAGUAGACUAAUUCAAGAAACAUGUUUGAUCUGAAAAGCCUCAUUAAUCACUAAUUAUAAGAAUUUCACCAUGGUAUAACUCUGCCUAUUUACACAUGGAGAACAAUACGUGAGAGAGAAGAGUAGAGUGUUGUAUGCCUUUGGAAGGGAGCCAUAAUGUCCCAAGAACAAGGUCACCUUGAUGUAUACCUAUGCUUCCAUCUCCACGAUAGACAAAUGUUACCUACCUAGACCUGACCUGCAUGGAAUGCUGUCAAAGGAAGUCGUGGAGACUUCGAAAAAAACCAACACACCAUAUACUACUUUGGGGCUGCUUUCAGAGAUACUGAAGGAAAUGUUAUAUAAUAAACAGUAAUGCACUGUGUUGCCUUUCAAGAAUCUGAAAAGGUGAAAUUUGAAUUAUAAAACACAGAUGCUACAACUAUGGACCUAGAGAAAUUAUUGCUAACAUUUAUGGGGCCUUUGCCACCAACAUGAAGCUGUGCCAGUCUACUUUCAUUUCAGGCAACCAUCAAAAUCUAUGAGCUCCUUGAAGUGAAGUGGAGGUUGAUGAAGACAUCCCAUUUAGGACUGAUGCCCCAAGGUCUCUCACUCUCUGCACAUUGUCCAGUUAUAGAUCUGUAUUAGUUUCCAUUCACUGAAGGAAGAAGUUUCUCUGAUGAUGGCUGAGCAAGACACUAAUCUAUGAAUACAGCAAGCAGAAUGUCAUUAAGAGUUAUUUUAUGGGGUUGGGAAUUUAGCUCAGUGGUAGAGCGCUUGCCUAGCAAGCGCAAGUCCCUGGGUUUGGUCCCCAGCUCUGAAAAAAAGAAAAGAAAAAAAAAGAGUUAUUUUAUUUUUAUAUACUUAUAGAAGAAAAACAGUUUUUGGUUUAUUUGUAGGUCCAUGGCCUAUCUAUUGAGAGACUUAUAUUUUGAAGGAAUCAGUGGUAACAUGUUUUUGAACACUGGUAGCUCAUUGAAGCCCAUUUAAAUGGUGUCUUUCACAAGGAAGGGUAGUUCAAAGAACUGAAAUAAGAGUAGUUCAAACAAACUGAUAUGUCCCAGGUUUGUGAAUUAUUUUCAAUUUUUAUUGGUUACCUUCUUAUUAUCAAUGCUUGGAGGAGUGUUGAACAUUUUUAUCUUUACACUUUUAAGAACAUUCAGUUCUUAUUUGUGAAGUUUUCAAUCUUAGGUGUUCAUCUUCCUUGUGAUGUCUUAAUUAUUUCCAUGGCAACAUAGAUAUGACCCUUGACAAGGAUGUGGUAGAAAAAAUAACUUAACAACACUGCAUGCAGAUAUCAGGUAGCAAUGAAGGGUUAAGGUGGUGAGUAUGAACUACAGUCAGUGAUUUUUCCAAUUUAGACUAGAUAAUUCUCAAACUACAAUACACUUUCCAAUCACAUUGGAAAUGUUGGCAAAGGAUGAAAAGUUAUUCAAUGGAUCCUUGCUGGAACUCUGUUUUCUCUAUUCUUAAAAACACCUCUGGUAAGAUCCGUGCUCUUGUUCCCAGAUCAGGUUUUGAGUGGUCAGGAGCAUGAAAUAUCCUGACACUCAAGUAGAAUAUGAUUAGCUGGGAGAAGUGCUGCUUCAGAUUACUUCUAUGACCAGCAUCAUAAAUCUGAUAUGAAUGAGCUAGGUGACCUUGGACAAACAUUUUUGUUUCUCUGAGUCUCUAUUUUUAAUCUGUGAAAUUAUAAAUCUUGUUAGUUUGGAUGGUCACCAAGAUUAUUUUAGACUCUAGUCUAAAAAUCCUUUGACAGUGACUAUAAAAGACAUUUUAGAAUAAUGGGGUAGUGUGAAGUUUAAUAUCUAUAUUUGAAAAGAAAGGGGAGGAGAAAAUUACUGUGUCUAUUAUAUAUAUAUUUUUUUUCUUAAUUCAUAUCCUCUCUUCUAUGUAUCCUAAGGUGAUGUGUGUCUUCGGAAUGUGUAAUAUACUGACAUUUUCCGUGAAGAAGCAGUGAUGUAUAGAAGAUAACAUUUUGGUGGCAUCUCUUCAGCUCAACUCUUAUUGAUGUUGAACAGGUGUUUUCUGCUUGUGCACAACACUGUCCUUUCAGAUCUCAAACCAAACCACUGCCUGUCCCUUGGUCCUGGGAACUGGCACUGAAUUUCUAUUCAGUUCUACAUAAGUGCAAGAGACACAAUGGAGAAGUGUACAGAAUCUCCACCAAACUUAAAUGCAGAGACUUCCUUUUUGAGAGGAGGCAAUCUGAUUCAGCAGCCACAAGUGCAACAUCCAGCUGAUGAGAAACCUCCUUUAACGGGGCAAGUUGUACCUCCCCUGAAUAGCCCGGUAAUGUCUGGGCCUUACUCAGGUGACCAUCUCCCUCAAUUUCAUGGUAACCCAGCCAGUGUCAGAGGAUUUUUUGCUCAGGUGACUGCCUAUUUGACAACUCUGGACAUUUCUAAUCCUGCAGAUGAUGCCAGAGUCAAGCACUUUUUUGACUACCUGUCACAGCAGAUGCAAAAUUGUGAUGUCCUAUCUGAGUCCUCACAGAGAAAUCUACUGAAACAAUAUGAGAACUUUGUUCUUGAGUUCCAGAAGUCAUUUGGUGAACCAAUGAUACAAGAAACAACUCCUCCAAUGAAUGCUAUGGUUGACAAAGGUGACAUCUCUCCGCAGGAUGCUACUACUUCCCAAGUUCAUGCUCCAAAUUUGAGUUAUAGUGAGACCGAUCAGAGAGACCAGCUCCAAGCUGACUCUACUCAUGAUGAAGAAAUCACAGAUAUAAUGGACAACCUACCAGAUUUGAUCACUCAAUGCAUUCAGCUGGACAAAAAACACAAAGACAGGCCAGAACUCCUACAGUCAGAAAGUCAUGUUCCAAUGGUUGCUUCCCCAAAUUGUAGCCAGUCCUUUCUCAGCCCCAUACGGCCACUACCAAAGGAUGGGCUUAAACCAAUGCAGGGAGCCCACCUGCCUGUAACUCCGGCCAAAAGAGCCCGCCAGCAAGAAACUCAGUUAUGUCUCUACUGUAAUCAGGCUGGUCACUUCACAAGAGAUUGCCUUGCUAAACGUUCUAGAACUCCAGCAAGGAAAAAAAUGUAGCUAGCUUACUAGUAAGAGGAGGAUAAGAAAUCACUUUGUAAAUACAUACCCUUUCACCAUUGGCCUUAGUGAUUUAUAAACUUUUACAAACUUCAAAAUACAAAGUUGCUGUGGCAUCACAUUGGAAAACAGCCAAGAACAUUUACAUCCCCAGGAAUUUGAAUAAGCAGACCUUGUUGGUUGAAAGGUAGCCUCUCCCUAAACUUAUUCUAACAAUGAUGAAGAUAAUUACCAGAAACUUCAUUAGUUGGGACCAAUCACUUUAAGAGUUCUAAAAGUUUGCAGACGCGACUCUCUACAGUCUGAGCUAAAAAAAAAAUCAACCAAACAAAAAUCCCUUAAGAUGUACUGAGAUUCACAUCCCUACCAAAGGAUGCAAUCAUCGUGGUUGAUUCUAUUGGACCAAAUCCCAUAGCUGAUGUGCCUAGGACUGAGCCCAAAGCUUUUAUCCUCCUUUUUAUUAAUCUACUUCUUAGUGACUUGUUUGUUCAGGUCUUUUGUUUGCAAUCACAGUGGCAUCACCAUGUCCAACAAUAUCCUUGUCAUCGAGGGACCAGAAUCUGUAUUCUCUUCUAGCUAUUAAUUAGACUCUAGUGCCAACACAUGCCAAUCAUCCUGGAAUGAAAUCUCUGACACCUUUUAUACAGCUAUAUAUUUUGUUGCCAUCAGAAGACUCCUGCUUACUCAACAUGCUGAACUUCUCGGCUAUUGCUAAACCAAAUUAUAUGGUCAUUGGAACUGAAUAUUGAUUAAUUAUUGGCAACUUUCUUUGACAAAUGUCCUCUCUGGCAGUUAACAUACUUUGAGCCUGCCAAUCCAAGUUUAGUCAUAUCUACACUAAUGUUCCUAUUUUAGAUUUGGAUGUAUAUAUGGCUAAGUCUAAUGGUUUAAGAUAAAUGACCAAGUAAGGUAUUUAAAGACAUUUGUUUGAAGUAUCUAUCAUAGUUACUGUAACAGCAGCAUGUUCUUGCUGCCCGAACAGAGACAAAUCUGAACUAAGGACUGGCUUUCCAGCCUGCCAUAGUUGGUGACUUCCUAGGCCUCACCACUUAAUAAUCACUGCCAGUUGCUACCAAACUAUACUCCUCUGGACCACCUUUGGCUAUUGUUAUCUAAUUGAGGACCUUGGGAAGCAAUGGGAUGACAUAGAACUUUCAGAACCAACUCAUCUAAAAACUCGUGUGCAUAGACAUUAACACCAUCUGUGCACAAAAUCUCAAGAACUGGGGUGUUCUUUUGCUUGUCUUGUACUCUUGGCACACAUCAGCUCUAUGUAUAAAUAGAUGAUGUAGGUGAUGCUUCUGCAAAAAAAAAAAAAGGAAUGAUGUGCUAGAAAAGCACAACUUCUUAGAAAUGUUAACAACUCCUGUUGCUCAGUAUUUGUUGGUAAUUACCAGUUCUUUGUUCACUGCUUCUUGGUGCUGGUGUAUUUCCCCAUAAUGGAUUUCCUGAAAUCAGUCAUUGCAUAGUCCUUAAUAGCCACUCAGAACAUGAAGUGCCACUGCACUUUGGUCUUGUUCCCUGAGAAUUGUGCUUCGCUUUCAAUACUUAAUCCCAGAUGGGACUCUACUGUUCUUCUCUUAUAGCACCAAGAAAUAUCUCUUCAUCCAUCAGUGCCUCACUAACCACUGUGCCGAUCCAUACUUACAUUCACAAGCAGUUUGUUCCUUUGUCAGUAGCUUGCUAUGUAUUCACAGUACUUCAUAAACGACCAUAAUGAGAUGUGAAUGCACAUGUCCCGACUGUGCUAAGAAAUCCCCACUGCAUUACUGGGAUUGUACGAGAAACUUUACCAAGUGGAUUUAUUUGAAUGUUGAGUGAGUCUAGGAUUUUCAGAAAGAAUCCUCAUCCAUCUCUUCUAAUUCUAUAAUAAAGGACUAAUCCAAA